AUGGUGGUUGGUUCUGGUCACUGUUGGGGGAUUACGGUUCUCGUCAAGGGUGAGAUCUCUGUGGGUUCGUGGUGCCGGUUCUAUGUGCGACGGGCCAUUGAUCUUGCGAUCUCCUCAGGCUUUGGUGGAAUGACUGGCGUCAGUUUGUCCUCUGAUGUAGCUUCUCUGCUCAUGAACGCGCCUCCUCUUAGUGUCCUUUAA